AUGUCAUCGUCUGGCGCGGCGGCGGCGGCGUCGUCGUCGUCUUCUGCACCGGCGGAGAAAGAGAAGCCGCCGUAUGAAGUUUGCAAGGGAAACAAUGGACUGGACAAGAUCAUCCUCCGUGGCGUUCGUGGUAGCUCGGUCGAGAUCUAUCUGUAUGGAGCUCAAGUAAUGUCAUGGAAGAAUGGAAAUCAGGAGCUGCUUUUUGUGAGCAAAAAGGCCAUUUUCAAACCUCCGAAGGCAAUUCGUGGUGGUAUUCCUCUUUGUUUCCCACAUUGUGCAAGACCUGGAAAUGUCCAGUCUCAUGGAUUUGCUAGAAACAGGUUCUGGGCCAUUGACCCUUCUCCACCUCCUUUUCCGGUCCCUUCCGCAAAUAAGAAUUUCGUGGACUUAAUUCUGAAGCCUACUGAAGAGGAUAUGAAGAUCUGGCCUCAUCGUUUUGAGUUUCGCCUGCGGGUAACUUUGGGACCAUCUGGAGAUCUUAUAAUGACUUCGCGUAUCAGAAACUUGAACCCUGAUGGGAAGCCUUUUAGUUUCAACUUUGCUUAUCAUACGUAUUUCUCUGUUUCUGAUAUCAGUGAAGUGCGUGUUGAAGGAUUGGAGACUCUGCAUUAUCUUGAUAAUCUGAAGGACAAGGAGAAGUGUACUGACCAAGGGGAUGCAUUAACUUUUGAGUCGGAAGUGGACAAGAUAUAUCUAGACACACCUUCAAAGAUUGUGAUUCUGGACCACGACAAGAAGCUAGCAUUUGUCAUUCGUAAAGAUGGUCUCCCUGAUGCCGUCGUCUGGAAUCCAUGGGAUAAGACGGCAAAGGCACUGCCCGACUUUGGUAAUGCAGAGUUUAAUCAGAUGUUGUGCAUUGAGCCAGCUGCUAUAGAAAAUCCAAUCACUUUGAAGCCCGGCUACGAAUGGACAGGAAAACAGCAUCUUUCUCAUUCCACUUAUUGCACUGGCCCACUUGAUCCCGGGAAGGUCCUCCGAGCCACCUGAAUUUUUCUCUAACACGCUUGUCCAUAUCGUGUAUAGGUGACUGAGGUUCAAGAUCUGAUGGAGUUUAUUUCGGCAUAACUUUGUCGAGUACUUCUUCUCCUUGCUUUUUGAUAUGUAGCAUGCUAACUUGGUGUGAGUUCUGUAAAGCUGUAACCAAGAAAUAGUGCCUCCUAUUAUACCAACUUGAUGGAUCUGAAACUCGAAAGUGAUGCCUUCUUUAGCUAUAUUGUCCCAUAAUGGGUCAAUCAUUACUCGGAUUGUUAAUCAACUGUUUUUCUAGUUAAUCACCAAUUGACUAUUGAUCAGCACUCGUUAUCCUGGUGAUGAUACAUUGUGU